AUGGCCUCAGACGAGUCCCUCGUCGACCUCCACGCCUCCUCCCUCACCGACGACAAAGACGACGUCGAUUCUCUCCCCUCAGACACCACCAGCGAGCUCUACUCCGAGGCCGAUUCCGAGGCGCAGGAAGAAUGGGACCGCAGUCUAGAGCAGCUCCAGCUCCUCCUCACCAUGAUUCUAGUGCCGUGGAUGGGGAAGCUCUUUGGCCGCAAGUUUGCAUAUUGGAGCUGGGGUAAGUACAUGAACUGGGUGCACAACGUAGAUGUGCAAGUUACGAACAAGAAGUCGUUCAACGCUGCCGGCGCCGUGGCCGCCACUUUAUAG